AUGUUCUUCAGUGGCUAUAAAGAAGCUCAGAGCAACACCGUGGAGAUUGGCUUUCCAGGAGCAAUUCUGGAAACGACUGUGGAGUAUUUGCACACAAACAAGGUUGCAAAGUUGGAUACUCCAAAAAUCGACCCAUUGGAACUGGCAGUAUCACAGUUUCAGACUGUUUUGUCGCUCACUGACGCUGCGGCGUACUUUGAUCUUCCAGGACUUCACCAGCUGACUCUGAAGAGCAUUCAGAGGUACCUUGAUUCCCGCCCUCAGCUUGCUUUUGUCAUCCUGCAAGCGUCGCAGGAAAAGAGCAACUCCGCAGAGAUUGAGAAGAUGGCAAUUGCCAAGAUCCAAGCCAACAUCAAGGAAUGCUUGAACACAACUGUGAUUAUGUUUAAGGUGGUUGACUCGUCGGUUGUCAAGAAGAUCCUUCACGACAAUGGCAUCAUGUCCUCAUUGACGGCUGCUCAGGUGUUCCAACUGAUUCAAGCAUGGUCUGACAACCGUGCAUCUUCCGAGGCUACUUCUGCCGCCAAAGAGUUGAUUGCAAAGCAUGUCCGUCUGGCGGACAUCCCUCCAUCCCAGCUGUCCAUGAUUGUAGAGUCUUCUGGGCUGGUAACCAAAGAACAGAUCACAGCCACCUACAAAAUGCAAGCAAUCAAAAUGGAAGAACAGUUACUACAUGGGUUCACUGGCAGUUCUUUGCUUCAAUGGAAAGGAUCAAAAUCAAAGAUCUUUACUUUGGAAUCCGAAGGAUACAAAAGUGAUUGCACCGACCGCAUGCCCAUCAAAGCCGGCAAACAUCAGUGGACAAUUGACGUGAAGAAAGACAUCUAUACACAUUUGGCUCAGCAUUGCUACACCCACCGGAUUAAGCGCCACAUUGCAGCAACCAAUCUAUUAUGGAAAGGGUGUUUGGAGUUACGAGGGCGAGGGCUAUUCAUACAGUGA